UUAUCUCGCGGGUGUUAACUUUACAGCUGCCACCAGAGACCAUCGGAUCGGUGUUAAUCGUACAAGUAUUCUUAAACCAGCCUUUAAGAAGACCUGUAAUCAUAGCAACUGCGCAAGGAAAACCACGGAUAUUUUUAGAAUAAGGUUGACUGAUAUUCCAACGACAACAUGCAAAUAAGGUUAAUCUUCGUGUUUUUACUGUUGCUGGAAUUAACCAAUAGUGUCUCAUGUGCGAAAAAGCCCUCAGGAACAAGAAGAAAUCGCAACCCAUUAAGCUCGUUGCAGACAGCAUCUGAUAAUGGUUCGGAUCCUGUCAAUCCGGCACAGAGUUGGAACUACUUCCGAAAACGUGGUAAGGGAAACAAGGGAAAGAAAGACAAAAAUGCCAAGGACAACACCAAAAUUGUUUGUGACCCAGGUCCCCCUGGACCUCCUGGCCCACCAGGUCCAAUUGGGCCGCCAGGAGCUCAAGUGACAGAGGCUACGAUGUUGGCGGAGUUUAGGAACAUGGUGCAAGAAAGUGCAAAUCGACGAUCAAGGCGAAUUGCAGACCAGAAUAUCAGUCUGAUGGCUGCAGGUAUUCCAGAUCUGUUGUCUGCUCACCAUGUUCUCCUCAGAUACGCCAUUAACAUUCCAAAGAGGGCGCAUCAGGAGGUGCAAAACUACAAACAGCCGGGUGAUCAGGCCGGUACGUUUGUGCGUGGAAGUGAUGUCAACUUGCGUUCUGGUCAAUACUUCAUAAGGUACACAGGUGUAUACCACCUUACAGCCACACUCCUAAUCUCACGCGACAGGGAUACAAAUCUGCGCCCAAGAGACUACAUAAAAAUCAGCAUCUGUAUCAACUCACUGUGCGAAUUGAACACAGCUUUGACAACGAUAGCAGGAAUGGAGAGCAACAGCCUGAAGUUUUCAGUCACAGUUAGUGGAAUGCUAAUGCUCAAGGCCGGGAGUUACGUGUCAGUUUUCGUCGAGAACAACACUAACAAGCCUCUUGUUAUUUUGGAGCAGUCCUCUUUUUCCGGCCUCAUGAUUGGCCGAUAGGAUGACGUCAAAGGAAGGCGUUACAAUGGUUAGGAUAAACAAAAGUAAACCUGACUUAAUUUACGCUCUCCAUCAGUUUCAAAUAUUGUAUACAAUACAGUACAUCAAUUACAGAGUAACUGCAUAGUUCUGGCUAGGAUCCGCACCUUUUCCUUCAUAUAGACUGUGAACAAAGUGUAGAGUAAUAAUCUGGGGUAAUUUUCUAACAUUUCAGUGCUCAUAUAACGUUGUAGAUAUAUAAAGUUUAACCAGAGAAUAAGUACGUAGACAUAGUGGCGAGAAAUUAUAUUUCUGGUUUAAAACAUUCCAUGUCUUUGGCUGUGGCUUUCUUAUAGGGGAUGAGAUAUUGUUUGUUUGUGGUUGCAUGUAUCUACCUACGCCACAAAUAGUUUAGGGCUUAAAGUAUACCGUUGUGAAAUUGAGACCUUGAAAAUUAUCCCCUCUUGAAACAAAUUUCACAAAUUUACCAUCGGCUAAUUGUAACUCCCUGGAAUCCGGAACUGUAUUCCGUCUAAUUUAGCAGCCCUAGAAAAUGGGGCUUAACUAUAGUGUGAAAUUUUUUUACUUUCUAAGCUUCCAUGGGUUUUACAUGGGGGGUCUUUAAGCCAAAUUCUAGAGUAAAUAUUUCAAUCCACUUUUCUUUAAUUUAGUUUCCAGUAAUAGUACAUAGUGUUUGUAAACUAGCACCUCCUAGUACCGUACGUGAUUAAAUCGGCCUAUCCGGCUCUAUAAAUGAGUUAAUUAACAACAUUUCCGCUGAAAAUGUCCUUAGGCGCGUUUCUCGAAAAUCCCGGUAACUUAACUUGUCCGAAGCCAUAUCUUAGAAUAAAAAUUUAAAGAUAAGGAAGCAGGUUCUGCAAACCUUAACCAGUCCAUUUUGUUUCUUUAGCAAAUAGUAUUAUUGUAUACUUUUCAAGACUUUUGAAACACCCAUCUUAAAUGUAAACAGAACAGUUUGACGGGCCCGUUAAGUUGCUGGGACCUUCGUGAAGUUAAUUUCCUUUACUGAUACCAUAUUUACUUUGAUAGGCACCAGUACUAUGCAUUACCACAAGUUAGAGUAUUGUAAAUGAUCAAUUUGAAUUGUUUAUAGCUUGCCAGUGGAAAAAGUCUGACAAAGAAAUAUUGAAAUUUGGUAAAAUUGACUACUGUAAAAUUUUUUUAGUCAUAAAAUGAUGGAGUACAGAUUUGCAUAAAUUCCUAAUGCAGUCGACCUAUAAACAGUAAACAAUUGUACGUUUUAAAUGAUACAAAUAAUCACAAUUUCCACUGUUGACAUAAUUUCAAUAAAGACAGUUAUUAUUGGUAAUAA